CACCAAUAUAAAUAUGAGAUUAAAUCCGAGGACUUGAUGCAAUAUCAUUGGAAUAAUGAAUGCUUCAAUACUGAAAUCCAAGAUGAGUUAAGUUCAUUGUCUCCUCCUCCAUUGCCACCAAAACCAGUUACAUUAAUAGAUGGUCUUUCAAGAUAUAUAUAUAAACAUAAUACAAGUGCAUCCAAGAUUAAAAAUCUCUGGAACAAUCAAUCAAAUAUACCUAAUAUUUCUAGCAGGACUAGUUUAGACAACUUUGCAGAUGUAUAUUUCGAUUCUGUGCGAAAAAAUGCAAAAGAGAUAGACUUAAUAUUUUUUGAUUAA